UCAUGCUGCUGCCAGGUCCAGAGUGUGUCAUGGGUCCCUGUACGGCCUCCCAUUGCUGCUGUCUCCAUCGCCACACUCUGCCAUGUGCCACUUUCAGGUCUCCUCACACUGCUGGUGGGUUCCAUUUUGUCAUAGGGUGCUGGCAGAUUACGGGCCUCCCAUUGCUGCUGCCAGGCCCGUAAUCUGUCAUGGGCCCCUGUACCGCCUCCUCAUGCUGCUGCCAGGUCCAGAGUGUGUCAUGGGUCCCUGUACGGCCUCCCAUUGCUGCUGUCUCCAUCGCCACACUCUG